AGCUCCUCUGAAAGUGGGAAGGGCAAAAGUCAAUUCAAAACUUCGUGGAAGUUAGAUUGCGUUUUCUGACGAUUCAUUUGAUCUAAUCAUCGUCCUAGGUAUUGGCGUCAUAGCAUUUAAGAUUAUGAAUUGAAGAAAAGGGUCUAACAAGGAUAUAUGUAUCAUCCCAUUAUUGAGACAGACAAAACCAUUGGCAGAGAUCUUUGUAUCGCUGGGAUUAAGGAUUGAGUAGAAGAGGAGAAUAGAUAUUACAUGUGCUGCUAGAUGACGGAUAAAUGUGUGGGCUAUAGAAGUAACACUAUACCUUUACCAGUGUAAAGUUUGAGUUUGUAUUGCAACUCGGAUAUAACAUAUACAUACAUUAUAUAAUAUAAUGAGCCAUGAUUAUAUAUUUAUGAAUAUAGCACUUAUCGCAAUAAGCCACAAUAAAUAGCUAAGCACUAAAGGAUAAUACCUGUAUGCUCAUCUCACAUGAAGUGUACCAUAUAAAUCUAUGUCGUGAUUUAACAAUCUCAAGCCAACAAGGAUAAAUAUUUUACAAGAUUCAACUGCAGUACUAGAUCUGAAUUAUCAAAAUGCCUGGGAUGGGAUUUAUCCGUACCAAGCUACUUCAGACGGAGAAGACAAAUGGAGGUGGAUCUGAGGGAGAGGUGUUUGACCCGUAUGUUGCGAUUAAUGUCAAGGAAAAUCAGGAUAUACCUGGAAAACCAUCACAAUUAGUUCAGAAGAAAAAGACUAUUUAUCCAGAAUGGAACACAUGCUUCGAUGCACAUUUGUACACAGGGCGUGUCAUCCAGUUCGUAGUAAUGCAAAGACCAAACAAAAUGGUGGCCGAAAUGAGCAUACUAGCAGAUAUUCUUGCAGAGAAAUGCAAAGAAGGCAUUGCUACAUUAUGGCUAGAUCUCAAACCCACAGGGAGACUUCUUGUCCAAGUUAGAUUCUUCUCAGAGACUGAAGAAAACGCAUCCAAGAUCUUCCGUGAAGAGGUUCAGCCAGGGUCAGCUAUCUUUGGCAUAUUUAAGUCGGAGCAAGUACCGGCUAUUGACGAUGAAAAACAGCAGACCGGAGGAAUAACCCGUCGACGUGGUGCGAUGAAACUACAAAAAGUCCAUGAAUCUAGGGGUCACCAGUUUAUCGCAAAGUUCUUCAAGCAGCCUACAUUUUGUACAUUCUGUAAUGAGUUUUUAUGGGGUCUUAACAAGCAGGGAUAUCAAUGUAAAGUAUGUAAUGCAGCAGUACACAAGAAAUGUCAUGAACUUAUCAUAGCGCAAUGUCCAGGCAGCGCCAAGGACAGCAGAGAAACUAAGAUGCUGACUGAAAGGUUCCAUGUGAAUGUACCUCACAGGUUCAAAGUGAACAAUUAUAUGUCUCCCACAUUCUGCGAACAUUGUGGGACAAUGCUAUAUGGCUUGUUUAGACAGGGACUCAAAUGUCAAUUGUGUGGGUUAAACUGUCACAAAAGAUGUGAGAAGCACGUCCCUAACCUUUGUGGCGUCAAGCAAAAGAUGCUCGUGGCAGCAUUACAGGAAGUCAAGAGGCCAGGUCCAGGGACAAAGCGUUCAGAGAGCACAACCUCCACGCAGAGUCGACUUUCCUCCAGUGGCGCUAGUAGCAGUGAUGUAUUUGAGGAGGAAGACGAUGACGGCCAAUACAGCACAGUAGCAUUUGGUGAUGAUGCUCAAACAUCACAAAAACGACUUGUCCCUCCCCCAAGGCCCUCUAUGAGACCAACACCUGCUCCUAGACCAUCCAAACGUUUACAAAAAUUUAACGAAAAACAGUUCAAUUUUUUAAAAAUUCUUGGCAAGGGUAGUUUUGGAAAGGUGAUGUUGGCAGAGUUGAAGGGAACAGGGACAUACUAUGCCGUAAAGGCUCUCAAAAAGGAGGUGGUUUUAGAAGAUGAUGAUGUAGAAUGCACAAUGAUUGAGAAACGCGUCUUAGAGUUAGGAUGCUCCCACCCUUACCUUACUCAUUUGCACAGCACGUUCCAGUCGAAAAGCCAUCUAUUCUUUGUUAUGGAGUAUUUGAAUGGUGGAGAUCUUAUGUUCCAUAUCCAAGCCUCAGGACGCUUUGAUUCUGAGAGAUCGAGAUUUUAUGCUGCAGAGAUAGUAUGUGGCUUGCAGUACCUCCAUGCUAAAGGCAUCAUAUACAGAGAUCUAAAACUGGACAAUGUAUUACUUGACAAAGAUGGUCACAUCAAAAUAGCUGACUUUGGGAUGUGCAAAGAAAACAUUAUUGGCGAUAACAAAGCUUCUACUUUCUGUGGAACACCUGAUUAUAUAGCACCUGAGAUAUUGAAGGGUUGGAAGUAUACAUCCUCCGUUGACUGGUGGUCUUUUGGCGUUCUGCUAUAUGAGAUGCUGAUUGGUCAAUCCCCAUAUCAUGGUGACGAUGAAGAUGAUUUGUUCCAUUCCAUAUGUCAUGACACGCCACAUUAUCCAAGAUGGCUAUCGAAAGAGGCAGCUUCAGCUCUCAGCUUGUUAUUUGAGAGGAAACCCUCUGAGAGAUUAGGAAUGUCAGAAUGUCCAGCAGGCUCUAUACGACAACAUCCAUUCUUCAAGCCUGUCAGCUGGGACAAAGUGGAGAGAAGAGAAGUACCACCACCAUUUAAGCCAAAAAUAAAAUCCGCAAGUGAUGUUAGCAACUUUGACACAGACUUCACGAUGGAGAGAGCACAACUUACACCACCAGAUAAAGAACUAUUAAAAACAAUGGAUCAAGAAGUUUUCAGACAUUUUAGUUUCACUAGCCCCAUGGCUUUGGUAGAUUGAUGACACCGUGACUGUUAAUAGUUUCAUAAUACAGUAGUAUGAAAUAGCAAUCUGGAGAGGAGGAAUAUCCCAUAAUUCAAUCCUAAUCCUAUCACCAUAUAAAGAUGAAUAUCUACAUAGAAAUAUGUUCAUCUAUGAAUUCUGGGUUAUUUCCCCUUUUCAGCAAUCUGGAG